AUGCUAUCCCUAUACAUCCUACCGUUCCUACUUUCCUUCCUCUUUUCCACGCCAAUUGAGGCACAAGAUAAAGCUCCCCUCGCAACCUGGAAUGGCCGCCAAUACCGUUGCAAAUGCUAUAAAACUGACGCCUGCUGGCCGGCUACUGCUUCCUGGAAUGAAUUGAAUACCACAGUCAAUGGAAACCUGUUCAAAGUCGUACCACCUGGUGCGACAUGUUAUAAUACAUUCGAUGGGAAGAGCACAUACAACCAGCAGCAGUGCCAGGCUGCGAAUUCCGGUUGGAGCAGAGAGGAUUGGCAUGCAGAGCAACAAAUCACAAACAUGUGGACAUUCUGGACGAACCACACCUGCAACCCGACCACCAACCGCAACAACGCCCAGCAAUGCACACUAGGCCACCUCCCCGAGUUCGUCAUCAUGGCUAAAACCGCUGCACAUAUCAAAGCUGGCGUCGACUUCGCUCGCAGCAACAACCUCCGUCUCCUGAUACGAAACACGGGCCACGACUUCAUGGGUCGAUCUACGGGCUACGGGAGUCUUGCGAUCAACACGCACUCGUUCAAGGAUGUGAAAUUCGUCAGCACGUAUACUGGUCCUGGCGAUCAGGAAUGGAAGGGUGGUGCCGUGACGGUCGGGGCGGGAAUCCAAGGGAGGGAAUUGUAUAAGCUUGCUAACCAGCAGAGUCCCAAGGUUGUAGUCGUUGGUGGAGAAUGUCCUACUGUGGGAUUUGCAGGCGGAUAUAUCCAAGGCGGAGGUCAUGGUCCCAUGGCUAGUUUCUAUGGGAUGGCCGCCGACCACGUCCUCUCCUUCGACGUUGUCCUCGCCAACGGCACCCUAACCACCGCCUCCUCAACCACCAACCCCGACCUCUUCUGGGCCCUCAAAGGCGGCGGCCCCUCCACCUUCGCCGCCAUCGUCUCCCUAACCGUGAAAACCUUCCCCGAGGUUCCCUCCGCCGGCGUAACGCUCUCGAUCCGCUCGACAGGCGACCUAUUCUGGAAAGGUGUGACCGUCUUCCACAACCUCGCCAACCUCUACGUCGAGAACGGCAUGUUCGUCUACUACGAGCUCUCCUCCAACUCGCUCAACGUGCAGCCCUUCGUCGGCCCCAACAUGACGAAAACCCGCAUCGAGACGGUCCUCAAGCCGCUGUUCGACGGGCUCAAGGCCGCGGGCGUCCAAUACACCACCUCGACCAGGGAGUUCCCCACGUUUUUCGAUUUGUACACUGCGAUGUUCCAGGACGAGAGCGCGGGAUUCAGCGGCCUGGUGGGCGGCAGGUUGUUCACGAAGGAGGAUAUUAGGACGAGGGGCGAUGAUAUCGUUAAGGGGUAUAAGACUGCUGUUGGGGCUGGCGGGGCGGGAGGUGGGUUUACGGCUAUUAUUGGGCAUAUCGUUGGACCCGGCUACGCCCUCCCAAAAGUCGACAACGCGAUCCACCCGUCCUGGCGCAACGCCUCCUCCUUCAGCAUCACCAUGGUCUCCGUCGACGGCGCCGCGUCCCUGUCCGCCAAAGCCACGGCGCAGAACCGCCUCACGAACGUCGUCGACAAGGCGCUCCGCGACGCGUCGCCCAGUGGCGCUGCAUACGUCAACGAGGGCGACCUCGAGGAGCCGAACUGGCAGCAGGCGUACUGGGGAAGCAAUUACCCGCGCCUGCUGGAGUUGAAGAAGAAGUGGGAUCCCGAGGGCGUGUUUUAUGCGCGGACGACGCCCGGGACUGAGGAUUGGGAGAGCAUUGAGUGGGGGUCGAGGUUGUGUAAGAAGGUUUCGUAG